AUGAAUAAUUAUAUUAAUAAUAAUGGACCAUUAACAUUUAACAAUUAUGAAGAUUUAAAGAAUCUAUUCUAUCAAUUGUUGAGAGAAAAUCAAAAUCCAAGAGCCGUCAAAGUGGUAGCUCAAAAGAGUGGUAAACAUAUUACAAACAUUACAGUGCAUCCACAUUAUACUGUUAGUCAUGUUUUCCAAAAUAUCAUUCCGCAAGCCAUUCCCGAAUUACUUGGUAACCAAAAUUAUGAAAUCUUUUGGCAAGAUCAAAGAGGUGAUGCAAGUGUAUUUUUCUUAAAAGAUAUGGAUCUACCUUUAUUUAAUUAUUUACAAAGUUCCGAUUCGAUUAUAAUAUCAACUCUAACACCAAAUGAUGUAAACAAGAAACCAUUUUUCUUCCAAAUUAUUCAACAAGGCAAAAAAGCGAUUAUCAUUCCAAAUCAAAAAUAA